GUGGAGGCGCCGAGGUGCUUCCUGUGGGGCCGGCUGUGGGGGUCGGUGUGGAGAAGCUCCUCAAUCCCUGGUUCCUUCACGGGUUGCGCGGUCGUCUGGUGUGGACUGCUGCCGAGGCGCGGGCCGGACGCCGCGGAGGUACACUGAAUGAUUCCUUCUCUUCACGGUGGUCUCAUAUCUGAAACAUGGCUACGGAUUGGCUGGGCAGUAUUGUGUCCAUCAACUGUGGAGAUAGCUUGGGUGUCUAUCAGGGAAGAGUGUCAGCAGUGGAUCAGGUCAGCCAGACCAUUUCUCUCACCCGGCCUUUCCACAAUGGAGUGAAGUGCCUCGUGCCAGAGGUCACCUUUAGGGCAGGUGACAUUACGGAAUUAAAAAUUCUGGAGAUUCCAGGUCCUGGAGACAACCAACAUUUUGGAGACCUUCAUCAAACAGAUUUAGGCCCCUCUGGUGUUGGGUACCAAAUGGGUAUCAGUCAGAAUGGCAUGAGCAAGUUAGUCAAAAAGCCAACCAGCAGUGCCCCUCAGAACAUUCCUAAGAGGACAGAUGUGAAGAGCCAAGACGUUGCUGUUUCCCCCCAACAGCAACAGUGCUCCAAAAGCUAUGUGGACAGGCACGUGGAAUCCUUGAGUCAGUCCAAAAGUUUCCGUCGUCGGCACAACUCCUGGUCAUCUAGUAGCAGGCACCCAAAUCAGGCAACGCCAAAGAAAAGUGGCUUAAAGAAUGGCCAAAUGAAGAAUAAAGAUGACGAGUGCUUUGGGGAUGAUAUUGAGGAGAUCCCAGACACAGAUUUUGAUUUUGAAGGGAACCUGGCCCUUUUUGACAAGGCAGCUGUGUUUGAGGAGAUUGAUACCUAUGAGAGGAGAAGUGGUACCCGUUCCCGAGGCAUCCCAAAUGAAAGGCCUACUCGGUACCGCCAUGAUGAGAACAUCCUGGAGUCAGAGCCCAUUGUCUACCGACGGAUCACAGUGCCCCACAAUGUGAGCAAGGAGUUCUGCACCGACUCUGGCCUGGUGGUCCCAAGUGUUUCCUAUGAACUGCAUAAAAAGCUGUUGUCCGUGGCUGAGAAACAUGGGCUGACUCUGGAGCGGAGACUGGAGAUGACAGGUGUCUGUGCCAGUCAGAUGGCACUGACCCUACUUGGAGGACCCAACAGGUUGAAUCCCAAAAAUGUUCACCAGAGGCCUACAGUGGCUCUGCUCUGUGGCCCCCAUGUGAAGGGGGCUCAAGGUAUCAGCUGUGGAAGGCAUCUAGCCAAUCAUGAUGUUCACGUCAUCCUCUUUCUGCCCAACUUCGUCAAGAUGCUGGAGUCCAUCACCAAUGAGCUGUCCCUGUUCUGCAAGACCCAGGGUCAACAAGUGUCUAGCCUCAAAGAUCUGCCCACUAGCCCCGUGGACCUGGUGAUCAACUGUCUGGAUUGUCCCGAGAAUGCCUUCCUGCGGGAUCAGCCCUGGUACAAGGCAGCUGUGGCCUGGGCCAACCAGAACCGGGCGCCAGUACUCAGCAUAGACCCUCCUGUGCAUGAAGUUGAACAGGGCAUUGAUGCCAAGUGGUCACUGGCACUGGGCCUGCCUCUGCCACUGGGGGAGCACGCAGGCCGCGUCUAUUUGUGCGACAUUGGCAUUCCCCAACAGGUCUUCCAGGAGGUGGGCAUCAACUACCACUCACCCUUUGGCUGCAAGUUUGUGAUCCCCCUGCACUCUGCCUAGAGGGGCUCUGAGCAGGCCAGACCUUGCAGUCUCCAGCCACUCCUAAUACUGAACUUGAUAACGAACGCCUUAAGGAUGUGAAGCUUCAUGGACCUUGCUGUUAAUUUUUUUUCUCUUUUGGAUUUCUUUUGUGAGAGAACAGAACAUAUUUAAAACUGACCUGUCAUCUGCCCUUAGCCAGGGAAGGCUUUCCCACUGGCUGUUGGGCUGCAGGCCAAGUGCACAGUGACUCCAGGUGGCUCUGCACUCAGUCCCCUGCAUGACCAGGUGGAGCUUUGUUUACAGACAUAGGCAGCUUUCAGACUGUUUCAGGUUUACAGCCAUUGGGCCUGGGCGAGUGCCUCAGAGGGUGGGGCACGUCCUGCCUGGGGGCCUGUCCCAGCUGUUUGAGAGCUUGUGGCUUUGGAUCUCUCCUGCUUUCCCCAGCCGGGCCAGCCCUUUCUUUAAUCAUGUAGAACCAGCUGCGCUACAUUUGUCCACUAGAGGGCAGACUUUGGGUCUCUGUUCAUUUUUGAGGGCUGUGACUAGGCCUUCCCCUGAGCCCCACCACAAGUUGAUUUAGGAGCUUUUGACCGUUCUUCCUGAGCUGAUCCAAGUUUAAGCGGGGAUUUUUCCAAGGGUCCUUUCCACACCAGCCCUCUGAGAGGCAGGAAAGGGGAUGGCAUCAGGAUGGUGUUACUGUAUUGGGGUUUUGUAGUUUUUGUUGUUUUCAGCACAGGUAGUAUAAAGUUAGAUUAUUGUAGCACCACAGUGCCCAUCUUGCCAGCAGUGCCCCCCACCCCAUACCCUCUCUAGCUGGGGGCUGAGCCUUUGCCUAGUCUGGGACCAGAUGCAGCUUUAAUGUUCAGUACUGGGGAGGCCUCCUGGGGGAGCCUGGUGCUGAGCCAGAAGGGGCUCCCUGAUUCUUCUCUUCUAGGCCACCACUCUCCCCAUCUCCUUGCCCUCACAUACAUUAUCCUAUCCCUACUCUCUUUGCCCCCUUUCCUCUUCCCCUAAAGUGGUCCUCUACAGCUGUUAUCCCAGAGCAGAAUACAUGACACCCCUCCCCCCACCACCUGGGCUCAACCCCAGCUCCUAGAAUAUCUGGACUUUGAACCUUCUAUGGUUGUCCACUCUAGAUGGACAGAGGCCAACGCCUGAUGGCAAAGAUGCCAAAAUGAGGCUAGUUCUGGAUGAGCUAGCUGGUGGGGCUCAGCCAUAGGGGCACACCACUACUUGGAUCCUCGGGUUGAGCCCCAGGACCUUCACAGGCCUAGGCUUUGGAGGCUACAAAGGGCUUGGGCUUUAAAGCCUUUUCACAGCUUCAGACUUCUUUCUGCUUUGUCUCCCCACUCUUGUUAAGGGGGUGUGGGUGGGAGGGCUCACCAAGGAUUGUGCCCUAGGGUGAGCCCUGGUAUCAGUGAUUUCAGGUUCAUCACUUUUCUUGUAGGAGCAAAGCCAGGAGCAGAUUAGGGAGGGCAGAGAGGGCUGGUCCCUCCUUUCCUCCCAUCCUCACUCAAAUGUUAAACUGUUUCCAGUGGUGGGGGGAGGCCAGGGGCUGUGAGCCUUGUGCAGCCAUCCUACCUGAACCUCUGCUCACUCUCAGGGCCAAGAAGCUCUGAAGAUGGCGGCCCUCUUUAGAGGCAGGGCUACAAUCCAAGGAGCCAUGCUGGGUAACAGGCAUUUUAGUAGGCAGCCACUGAACAGAUUCUGGUUGCCUGUUAAUGCAGUUAGGCUCCCCGACUGGGUACAAUGGAAAAAUGAGCUAGAUGAACCCCUGGCCCAGAAGACUCUGUCCGCCCCAGUAAGUUGCAGUGGCCCUGGGGCUGAUACCCUUGUUGAGGACCUACUGUAUGUCCAAGCCUCUCCCUGGCCUAAGCCUGGGCAUUCUCCAGUGGUAUUAAGAUAAGUGUGAUUCUUCUAUUUUCAGCUCUUCUCAGAGGCAUCCUGCCCACAGUGCCCAGACCCCAAGGGCCCCAGUCAGGUGGUCAAGACUCUCACUUGUGCAGCUCUUGGGGAACCAAAACCAGCACUAAAGCACUAAAAUAAAGCUGAAUG